CAUCAUGUCGAUGACACCGCUCACAGGGCGCGAAACAAAGCUCGGUGUUACCUAUACAAACACCGCGUUACGUUAGCUCAUAAUAAGCAGUAAGACUGUUGAUUUUCGCUCUCGGUUUUUCCUGGACAGUUGAAAUUGCUUGUAUCAUGAGCGUGGCACCGAAAGCAGUGAGAAAACGUUCCGUCACUCUGAAUUCUUUGGAGCCUUUUCUAAGGAAGCAAAAGAGGGAAAGGCUUCGUACAACCAGCAUCAAUUCCAUCGCAUCAGGAAUCGCAAGCUUCCCAGAACGGCAGCGUUCUCUGACAUGGCAUGGCGCCGAAGAUGAAGGUGGCCUUGGGGGCUGCUCACCCAAAUUGACCCUGCCGCUGAAUUCAGCUCACGAUAUUGCUGAUUUAAAAGAUUUCCACGACGAGUUGGAAUCUCAAGAAGUCAUAAAGCACAUUAUAACCGAAGAGCUGGAUAGAUCUCUCUUCGAUUGUGACUACGACAGCGAAAGAUGUGUGGCACAGUGCGCGGAUAUAAGCCAAGCGGUGGAAUCGAGAGUCAAAGAAAUCACUCCGCACGAAACGAAGGUACUGGCUGUGGUGUAUAUAGGUGAGAUACGGGAUCAGGGACUUGAAAUAACCAGUCAAUGCCUCUGGGACCCGGAAACAGACAAUUUUGUAACUGCAAGUUUCAGGAGCAAGACUCUGUUCGCUGUGUGCACUGUUUUUACGGUUCAGUACUGAAUAUCACGAGGCGUUAACUUUGCUUCAAAGCCAAGUGUUGAUACUUUAAUUCCUGUUUUGCACAUACAACACGCGUAUUAUUAAAGCUAAACUGCAACUAAGGCGAGGGAACCAUGAAAAUUUUCGGAGUGCAACAUUAUACUAAAAGCAAACAGUACCACAAAGUUAUUUCUUGAUAACUUUGACCUGAAUGAUUCAAAGUUAUUUUACAUAUGUGAGAACAAUCUAGGAUUAAAGGAGUUAACAGUGGUGUUGCAAGUAAUAUACUUCGCAAACUAAACAGCGAACUUAGAAAAAAAAAAUCAAGUAUGCACAUUUAUCAAUGACAAUUUUGGAGAUAUUUGUAAUUAUUUGUGAUGAUCUCCCAGAAUUAAUGGUCCUCUGUACUCCCAUUAUUUGUUAGCAUUUCUAAAGUAAGUACCGGUAAUUACUCAUCUUUAAUUUGGAGAAGCAUACGCAAACCCGCAAAACUACAGUUAUUACAAUAGGCAUAUAACGAUUAUUUCCGAUACUUAGUUAAACAAAUAACCCCACUUAAAAGUCACUGGGCACUGAGUUUGUAUAAAUAUUCAACGUUUAAUUUGGCUUCAGACUGUUGUAAAUGAUAUUUCGAUCGUGCAAAUGGUGAACACGAGCUGAAUAAAACUAAAAAAGUUCUCGGAGGUGAAAAUUUUAACAUCAAAGAAUUGAAAUUUAAAGUUCUUUCUUCUUCAAAUAGCGGCUGGAUCAAGGGUAAUUACACUUAGUUCAGUUUCCAAAUAAGGUAGAUAUUACAUCAGAGUAUAAAUAAACUCAGCAUAUUUAAACGUACUGCAUCCACUUGGUCAGAAAAUCAUAAAGCCAGCCAAUCGUUUCUCUUUACUGUACAGUAGUAAUCUCUUUGUUGGACAUGUCGGAAACAAAGGUUUAAUUAUUUGCAAAGGAAUGGCUGACGAUAAAUUUACAAAAAUUGAAUAAAACAUAGUGCGGUAUUAAUUCAAUGAGCAAUUUAUUACGAAUAAACAAAUGUAGCUAUUUAAAGCUGCUGUCAACUUUCUCGUUGCACUCUCUAGCCUCGUGCCUUGCAUUUAUACAUUGCAGCCUGAGUCAACCUUAAAUUUGUUUUGAAAGGAAACCGCUACAUGAACCCGCUUGUUAAUUUUUUCAAAAUUCGAGAGUUUAAAGUUAAAUCUUGACAAGGUGAUUUACAAAUUUAAUGAUGAGGAACUGCGAUCAUGAACUCUUUUUUGAUUUAAGCC